AUGACAAGUAAGUAUCCGUGUAUCGAAGGUUCGGAGAACCUGCUACCGGAGUACUGUCCAAAAUAUAGCGCCGGUAAUCCAGUGGUAUUUUUGGAUAUAUCAAUCGGAGGACAUAAUGUAGGGCGGAUGUAUAUGGAGUUGUUCGCUCACAAGUGUCCGAAAACGGCUGAGAAUUUCCGUCAGUUUUGCACCGGAGAAUUCUCACAAGAUGCCCACAAAACUCCGACGGGUUACAAAGGAAGCAAAUUUCAUCGAGUUAUUAAAGGCUUUAUGGUACAGGGGGGCGACUUUGUGAAGCACGACGGUUCGGGCAGGGUAUCAAUCUACGGCGACAAGUUCAAUGACGAGAACUUCGAUCUACUGCACGACUCACCGGGUUUGUUAUCCAUGGCCAACGCCGGACCGAACUCCAACGGAUGCCAAUUCUUCAUUACUGGGGCCAAAUGUCCUUGGUUGGAUGGGAAGCAUGUGGUGUUCGGGAAGCUACUCAACGAUGAGUCUUUACUCGUGGCGAAGAAAAUAGAAAAUACGCCUACUUACGCCAGCAACGAUGCGCCAAAACUUAACGUAGUAAUUGAGAACUGCGGGCAAAUGUAA